AUAAAAUAAAAGGGCUAUGCUAUCAUCAUCUAUGUACCUCUCCUCUCUCCCAUCUCUCUCUCUCUUUCUUUUGCUAACUUAUCCCUAAACCAAACAGGAUGGCUCACAAUACCACCCACAGGCGUAGCUUAGCAGUAGCCAUGGAUCCCACUCAGAAAAGGCAGCAAAAACAGCCCAAAUCCUCCACCACCACCACCACCCACCCCCACCCCCACCCAGAUCCCACACUUGCCUCCUCCGCCACCAUCCAAUGCAUCUCAAAACACUUUUCCAAUCUCUAUUCCAAUCAUAAACGCCUUUCUGCCUCCUCAAAAGGCUCUGUUGAUGCCCAUCUUGACUCUUCCUGCCCAGCGUUGACCAAGUCAAAGAGCCAACAUGCUAGAAAUUUGCACACAGAAGGAGCCCCAAUCAAGAAAUCUCACAAAGACUCAAACUUUAUUAUCAAGAGAAGUAACGAUGAAAUCAAGAAAGCUUCGAAGAAGGAGGAGGCCGAUCUUGAUGUGAAGAGGGCAUAUGGGAGUCUGUCAGGGAGUGAAGAGGUGAAGAAGAUUCAGAAACAAGUAGUGAAAUAUGAGGAGGUGAAGAGGGCAUCUGUGUCACUAGAAAUGGGGGGAGGGAGAAGAAGGUCAUUUUCCAGCUCACAGAUUGAGUUGGCAGAUUUCUUCUCUUGCAAUAGUGUGAAGGUUGUUUCAGUGGACAUGCCACCAUUUAUGCAGAUUCAUGCUGUGGAUUGUGCAAGAAAGGUUUAUGAUAGCUUGGAAAAGUUCACUUCCAAGGCCCUUGCUUUAUCCCUCAAAAAGGAAUUUGAUGGGGUAUAUGGACCAGCUUGGCAUUGUAUAGUAGGGACUAGUUUUGGGUCUUUUGUGACACAUUCAGUUGGUGGGUUCAUAUAUUUCUCCAUGGAUCAUAAGCUAUAUGUACUCUUGUUCAAGACCACUGUACAGAGAGCAGACUGAAAGCUGAAAUCUGAGGUGAAAUUCCACCAUUUUAGCUUCUCAACAGGAGAAAAAUUUUAAGAAGAUGAUAGUUUGUAGUUUGUACAUUGGUUUUGUUAAGAAAAGAACUAGAUGCUCAUUUCCCCUCCUUUAUAUAUAUAUCAGUUUACAGCAAAUUCAUCUUAAUUAAAGUAAUUAUUAUAUUGUUUACAA